CCCAUUUGCAGUAAACUUUUCAUAUUGUAAGUUAGGACUUCAUACCCUCAGGUGAUUCCAGCCUUAGUUCUAAAGCUGCAACUCUGUGCUGUGCAGAUUCCAAGCACAUCUUUUUUUUUUUAAUCAGGAAAAACAACUUUUCCUGGGAUAGGCCUCCUACCUUGUAUCAGACACAAAUAUUUUAAAUCAGGGUUUAAAAGUGCAUUUUCUGUAGAACCAUAACUGUGACUGCUUUGAAGUAGUGAUUAACCUUUUGUUAUCAAUGGUGGGAAACAUCUAGGGGUCAUUGUCAUUUCCCCCACCUACAGAACCCUCCAGAGUCCACACCCUCCACUGAACUUGCUGCACUGAAAUUGUUGCCACUGCAGCAGCAACACCCCCUGAAAUUUCGGAUUUCCUUUGCACCUUGUCUCUUGCACUGUUGUGAGAAGGGGUUGCUGCUAGGUAAGUGGCAGGGGACCACAAAAAUGGCCAUAUGUAACCCAGCCUGGCUUUAUUUGAAAACUCUGCCCAAAGGAGGCUGGUGUAAAUGCAGCAGGUACUCCAGUCGCCCUAAAGUGUGAAUCAGCUCCAGCCCUGAUGCAAAUCACAUGCAGUGUUGAACAUUGGAUUAUUUAUCUGCACCAGUGUAAUUGGAAGUCAUGAACUGCAGUAUAUGAAGAUGUAUCAGCAUAACUUAUCUGGAAGAAAGCUGUUUAUGGCAAAUGUGUGAUACAACAGAGUACGCUGAACCCAUUAUGAGAACAAUAUCUUCUUUGGUAAUAUUUUUGUGUAGAAAGCUGUAGCAUCUGUAUGGGAUACACCAUGGUAUAAGUUAGGAGCUGAUCGGGCUUAACCUUAAACUAGAAUUGCUUACAAGCAGGCUUGAAAAAACCACUUCAAGCCCUGUUUGGUGGGUGAUCUGUGCUGGUACUAAGUUAGAGGCAGGGUUGAUGUGAUGAUUUGGCUAAAACAAGCGAGGGAAAGUAGAGGAAUUUAUGCAGGGAGAGGGGCAGGUCCAAGGAAGGUCUACAGCUCCUAGCACAUCCCAGUCAACUAUGCCAGCUGCAGCACACUGGGAGUUGUAGAUAUUUUUUUUUUGUCUAAAUGUGCAUAGGCCUUUAGAUAUAGGUCUUCAAAGUGCAGGGGUAUAAUUGAAUGUACAAAACGAGGUGCUCAGACAGUGUUGGGGGUGGACUGAAACCUUCUGCAGCUUCUACCAUAGUAUUUAUUUAUUUAAAGCUUUUAUAUACUGUUCAUUUAGCAAAAAAGCUCAAAAGGGACAGUUUGCAUCCUUCCAGGGUUAUUUUCUGCACCCACUAAUACAAGUCUUCCAAGCUGGGGAAAGGGCUGUCAGGGUUGUGGGGCAGGGAGGCAGAAUAGUAAAUCAUGGUAGGGAGCAGGACUGGUGGAAGAUUAUCCUUUGGCAAAUGACUUUGGGGUAUCAGUUGCACCCCACUCUGCUUCCCCUUUCUCUGAUUGAGGCAGAUCCACCAUUUGACACAGUUCUCCAACCAUCCAUCACACGACCCGGUUGUUCUGUUUUUGUUGCAUAACACAAAAAGGGAUUAUUCUGCCAUUUAAGAAAUGCACAUUGUGAAUCUAGAUCUUAAAAUUCUUAAACAGCAGUGUGUGUUUCUUUUUCCAAGUUAAGGUCUGAUGCCUGUGUGCGGAGUUUGUGUCAUGCUUUUAAAAGAAAAGGCAACAUAAGAUUUUUGGCAUUUAAUCUUAUAGCUGUAGAAAGAAUCGAUUUACUAGGCAGUUGAAAAAUGGCUUACUGUUUCGCUAUCCCUUGAGAAAACAGAAGGCUUGUAAAUUGCGGGCAGAUGGGAAAAGAGAGGAAGCAACCAUGGGAGGAUGCUGGGCAGUUUAUGGCUAACUGUGAAACUGGAAAGCACAGUCUUGUGAUUGCGUUUAUGGAGCUGUACUCUUGCUUAGUCUGCUUAUGUUUGGCUGCCUUGCUUCAAUUUCUGUUUGGAUGAAAAAACCUGACUUGAAGCCUGUUCUGUAACAUUAGAAUUGCUGCAAUAAGAUGUCCUCCCUAUCUUAAUCUGACCUUAAAGGAACUGCCUGCCCUUUUCCUUUAAAAAAAAGUGAGGGGCAGAAAAGGAAUUGGGGUUUUGUAGAUUGCCUUCUCCAAUCAGGUGUCCUCCAGGUGUAUUCUUUGACAGCCUCUCUCCCUCCCAUCCAGCAUGUCAAAAGGUUUGGGAACUGCCUUUCUAAGAGGACUAAAGCUACAAUCCUGUGCACAUUUACACUGCAGAAAAUUGUACAACUCUCCGCAUUCCCUAACUAUCCUGACUGCCUGAGAAAUGCUGAGCUGAAGGACAUUUUGUUCCAUCAAAACUACCUUUCCACCUGGCUGCCUCCAAAGGACAUGGAGAAUGCCUCAGGAUUAUGAUGACACAUGGCGUGGAUGUGACAGCGCAGGAUGGAACAGGUGUUCAAGUUGUUCAUAUGCAAGGCACAGUGCUUUACACCUCGCAGCCAAGAACAGCCAUCCUGAUUGUGUCAAGAGGCUUCUCCAGUCUAAAUGCCCACCGGAGAGCACAGAUAGCUCUGGGAAAACAGCUUUACACUAUGCAGCUGUAUGUGGCUGCCUUCAGGUGGCUAAACUCCUGUGUGAACACAAGUGUCCAGUUAAUGUCAAAGAUGCGGAUGGGCAUAUACCUUUGUUACUUGCAGUACAAAAUGGCCACACUGAAGUAUGCAAAUACCUUCUGGAGCAUGGUGCAGACAUCAAUUCCAGAGACAAAAAUGGAAGAACAGCUCUGAUGCUGGCAUGUGAGGCUGGGAACCUCAGCAUUGUGGAAGCCCUGGUCCGAAAAGGUGCAGAUAUAAACUUAGCAGAUGCACUUGGACAUAAUGCCCUACAUUACUCCAUGAUCUCUGAAAAUACAGGCAUUCAGAAUCUCCUUCACUCAAAAAUGGCUCAAGACACAGAUGCCAAGUCACCAACGAAGCCAAAGCAGCAUGAACAAGUCUCUAGGUUAUGUUCAGAAAGAAGUGGAACUCCAAAAAAACGCAAAGCCCCGCCACCACCUCCAAUCAGUCCUAUCCAGCUUAGUGACUUUUCCUCUCCACGCUCGACAACUUCAACCCCAGUAUCUGGAAAAGGCCAACCAUUCCUUGCCGAACAGGGAUCCAAGCAGGAAGAGAUCAGUGCCAUUCAGUCUGAUUGCAAAGAUGGGAUGAGUGAUAGCACUGCAGGUGCUGAUAGCUUAUUGGAUGUAAGUUCAGAUACGGACCAGCAGGAUCUGCUUUUAUUGUUGCAAACAAAAAUUGCUUCUUUGACCUUGCAUAAUAAGAAACUGCAAGAAAAAUUACAGGCAAAAGCACUCAAAGUAGAAGACAUCGAUACCACCCUAGAUUCUUCUCCUUCCACCCACCUGGAGUUUGAUCGCUCAACAGACAGGCUGAGUGAGAGCUCAGCAGCAGCUCAGGAGACCAGCUCCUCUUCCCUGAGCUUAGCCCAAGUUCAAGAAGAGGCAAGCAGUAAUGAAGUAAAAAUUAAACAACUACAAGACAACCUAAGGGAAGUGCAAAGGAGACUGGAUAGCUCAGAAGCAAAGAGGCGGCACUUGGAGACCCAGCUUCAAUCUGGAGCAGUAGACGUGGUCCACUUGUUAAACAGCUCAGAUAUUUCAGAGAAUGGCUCUGACCUCAACCAGAAAUUGAAAGAAACCCAAAGCAAGUAUGAAGAAGCAAUGAAGGAGGUUCUGCAUGUCCAGAGGCAAAUGAAGCUGGGAUUGGUAGAUUCGGAAAGCAAAGAAGCUGACCUGAAGGAACUCAGAGCAACGUGUGAGGAGGUUGAAUUGCUAAAAGAUGAGCUGAGGAAAGCCCUAGAAGAUGGUGAGAAGCUGAGUGCAAGAGUGAGAGAGCUGGAGGAAAAGCUGGGGGAGAGAGAGAGAGGCACUGUUGGCACAAUGUCAGUGGAAGAAUGCGAGAAGAUGAAAAGUUCCUACUGCUUGGUUAUUGAGAAUAUCAACCAAGAGAAGGCUCUGUUGAUUGAGAGGUACAAGGAGGGACAAGAGGAGAUCAAAAAGCUCCAGGAGAAAUUGAAGCAACAGAUGGAGUUGGGCUGCAGUGAGGAGACUGCGGAGGUGAGAGAUGCAAAGAACCAGGUGAUAAAUGAGCUAAACAAGCAGAUCGGAGAGCUAUCCCGAAUGUACGAAGAAGCCCAGGCAGAGCUAGAGGACUGCAAGAAGAAGAGCAUUCUAGAGGAGGACAAUUCAGGUUGCAUACCUCUGGAGGAACAUGAAAGGCUGAUGGAGGUCAGUACCUUACAGAAGGAGCAAGCAGAGGGAGCAUUGUCGGAAAUGAAGGCUCAGUAUGCAAAGGUGUUAAGUGAAGCAACACAGCUCCAAAGCAUGGUUGAGGCCCAGAAAAAGAAUUCAGUCACCAUCACUGAGCAUCUUCAGGUGGUCACUGCUCUCAGGACCUCAGUGAAAGAAAUGGAAGAAGAAAUAGCUGAGCUCAAGGAGCAGGUUCUUCUCAAGGAAAGUGAGGUGCAGCGUCUGCAGAAGGAGCUGUUAGAAGAAGAAGCUGCAGUAUGUGAAGCCAUGGUGCCCAGAGUGUUGUAUGAAGAGCUCCGGUCCACCUCAGAAGGUGAAGUCAACUCCUUGUCAUCCAGAUUGAAGGACUUGGUGAAAGAAAGGGAGAACUUGUCCACAGAUCUUGCACAGUUGAGGAAGGAAAUUUCCCAAAUUAAGGGAGAGAAAGAAAGCCUCCAAGCACUUCUUGAGGCCAAGGAGCAAGAAAUCAAAGGACUGCAUCAGCGUUACCAUCAGGCACAAGAAGACCUUCUUGAAAUGAAAAAAGCUUCAGAGAAUUCCUCAAAAGUGGAAGAGGACAAAGAUAAGAAGAUAACAGACAUGUCUAAGGAAGUUACCAAAUUAAAGGAAGCACUGAACAGUCUUUCCCAGCUUUCUUACUCAACUGGUACUCCCAAAAGGCAAAGCCAGCAACUGGAGCUGCUACAACAACAAGUCAAGCAGCUACAAAACCAGUUGGCUGAAUCCAAGAAGCAACACCAGGAUAUUGUGUCUGUUUACAGGACACAUCUGCUCUAUGCUGUGCAGGGUCAGAUGGAUGAAGAUGUCCAGAAAGUGCUUAAACAGAUUUUAACAAUGUGCAAAAGUCAGUCACAGAAAAAAAGUGAAACCCUUUUUGUUGAUCCCUGAUGGUGCUGCUGUGGAGUGUGCAACUCGCCUUAAAUACGAGAUUUGAUUGGCAACCUCCCACAUAGGAAAUUGUCUCAAGUCUCUGCCACAUUUUUUCAUUUCUAUGACUUAUGAGCUAAUGCUUCCCUUGUCCCCAAGUGCUGUUUUUGUGUCUUGGACACAAAUGCACAAUGCUCCAGAAAUUGCAAUUUAAAUCAUGGGUGGCCUAGGUGUAACCUUCAGUAUUAGAAAGGGAUUCAGUGCUUCCUUUGGUUAUAAUGAGAUGGCACAACCCAUGAAAUCCAUUGCUGCGUUUUGUAUUUGAAUAGCUGCACCAUUUGGAGGUGGGAGCAGAGAUGAAUAAUUCCGUUCCUAAUUAUUAAUGAGGGGAAAGCAAACUUUCAUAUAUUUUAAGUCACUCAGAUGUCAGGUAUUACAGUAGAUGCAAUGUUUGAUUCUAACACUUUUUGGCCUUGUUAACUGAAAGGAGAUAAAAGCCAACGUCAUGAGGCAAGGCCACUGGGUGGCUAAAGCCAGCUGCAGUAUGUGUGUGGAUUUUUAAAUAUGGACUACAAGAACACCAGACCAGUGAUAUGUACUAACUAGAUAACAAAGCGUAGCCAUGUACUAAUGCAGGUCAAUGGAUUCUGAACACAGCUAACUCUACUACAACCUCAGUUUCUUUAUAAAGCAGUAGGUCAAGCUUUCUAUGCAAAUCCUUGCAGUGCUAUUGGCCAUGGAGCUCAGGAGGAAGAAACCCUGUGUUCGGAAUGAAAAACAAGGGAUACGAAAGAACUCGCGAUGUUUACAGUGAGCAUUGUUGUCUCACAGUUCCAAACCUCACUUUUGUAAAAGAUCUUCUCUACACUAUAUUUUUACUGCCCCUCAGAUUUGCAAAGUUCUUGUAACUAAAGCCAUUUACUAUGUAGUACUUCCCUCCCUCCUUCCUUCCCCACAUAGACUUAAGUAACAAACUGUUUCAGCUGUUGCCUUUUCCUGUCUUUCUUUUGCUUGGCCCAGGUCUGUUGUUAUGAAAUUCAGUAAACCCCAAUUUUUAAAAGGCAGAAUUGAAACGCACCUGUCCGUGUACCGCUGAAUAAGAGGGAUGGGUAAGAGUGCCGUCCUGUGGAUAUUCAGGUUAAAAAGAGCCCUGCAACUCACAGCAGUGCCCAGUCGGGCAUGGUGGGUUGGGAACAUCGGCAGUUGUAGGACCUUUUUCUGCCUAGAUAUGCAUAGGAUUGCGCCCUUUAUUCUGCUGUUACCUCUUUGCCAAAUGUUGUAAAGCUGAAACAUGGAUAAGCCUUGUGAUUUGUGUUGAAGGGCUGUUCGAUGCAUUAAAUUUAUGUGAUAUAGGAGUGAGCCUACACAUCACUUUUAAGCCUAGCAUUCAUUUAGCGGGGACAGCUAAUAUAUGUAACUCCAAAUGUGAUAUGUGCCCAGGUAUGGACUAAGUCCCAGGAGAUGUUUAGCGAUACAACUGUUCCUCUUUUGGGGCUGUGGGAAGAGUAACGUAUGAUACUCUGCUUCACCUCCUGCUUUUGAUAGCAGGUUUACAUUCUUCAGUGCUUUUGAAACUACCAAUUCAAACUAGUGUAGUUGCUACAGCAUCUCUCACAGGAACUGUAGCUUUCAGGGGGAGAUGCUAGUUCCUUUGUCGGAAAGCUUCAUAUAAUAAAACUAGAAUUUGUGAGAUUCCAUUGCUGAGGACUGUGAUGGUUUUCAAGAUUAGUUUAAACUUCUAGCAUAGAUAUAGUGUUUGCAGGAGCAGUCCUCUGUUUCAGGAACCUAAUGGGGGAAAUUGCUUUUGAGAACUAGGGAGCCUGUCUUACAGCUUUUAGGUAGAAUUGGAAAUAACCAUAAGUGCAUGACACCAGCAGUCUGGGUAUCAGAAAACUCCAGAAGCCUAACAAUUUACACUGUACCUAAAGGGAAUAAUUAUUUGAUUGGUAUCUGUGUGUGUUCAAAGUAUGCCAUAGUUUUACUCCUACUGGUGGAGCAACGUCUGCUGCAGGGAUUCCCAGAGCUGUGUAAUAAGUGAAGUCUAGAGACAGUUAAUUUCUCAGUGCCUCGGAGCUACCAAAUUCACCAUGCAUUAAAUAGCAGCCAUCUUCUUACAGUUGCCAAACUUAGAGAAUAGGAGCAUACAGUCUCCUGACCUUGGGCUUUUGUUUUGUUUACUAAUACCAAUUAAUUUUGGACAAUGUUUCAUAAUUCAGUACUUCCUUUUUAAAUGCUCCAAAGAAAUGUGAAAACUUUGCUGCCGCACUUAUGGAAAACAAACAAAAAUAACAAACCUAAAGUAUGCCAAUAAAUGCUGCCAAGAAUAAAACUUGAGGAACCAUUUUGUAGGUUGCCUGGCAAAAAAAACUCAGCUUUUUACCUUGUUUUGUUACGUGUAUUUAUUACAAUUAUCAUUGUGAAACAUUGGAAAUUGUACACUAUAGCAUAGUGAUUGUCUUUGUAUGUAAUUUUACAAAAAGUUUCCUCAUUCAGCAAAUAAACUUUUUUUUAAUCUGC